CACCACUGUCACCACCAGCUUCUCUAGAGAGAGAAAGAGCAGGGAUUUUUGUUGGGAAGAGGAGAGAGAGAAAAUAGUGGGAGUCUGGGAGAGUGAUUGGGUCUUGUGUUGUUGCUCUGUUCCUCUUUUGUGUUGUAAUCCGGUGUUCUUCUUUUUAUUUCAUUUUUCUUCCACUGGUUAUUGGGCUCGGUGAUUCAGAUUCAAGAACAGAAAAUUGGGUUGUUGUCAGAUUGGAGAUUGUUGAGAUCAAGUAGUGUAAUUUCAAGAAUUUUGAGCUGGGUUGUUCUCUUUUCUUCGUUUUGUUCCGUUUCAAUCUGAUAUUGUUUUCGGGUGGCUGUUGUUGUGUUCUUGAGUUGGGUUACUCCAGAUUCAGGUCUAGGGAAUUGGGUCGUGCUCAGAUUGGGAGUUCCGUGAAAAUAUGAUUCUGGCUUGUGAUGGAGACUUCAUCUUCUCCUCUGUAAUUCUCUGUUUAUGAAGCUACUUUUUGGAGGAGUAUUCUCAACUAUAGAUUUAUUUGAUGUCUUUUGUUAGAUCCAUAUCGAGAAGGUGAAGUUUUUGCGUUGAAUGCUUUGUGUAUAGAACAAAUUUUCCAGGAAAGUAAAAACUUUCUGCCCCAGCAAACAACAAUUCUCAAAAGGAAAGACCCUUUUGUUUUCAAGCAUAGGGAAAGAGAAUUGGAGAACUGCAUAGAAGUAAUGGAGUCAAAUCUUCAGCAUCAUCAGCAUCAACAGCAGCAGAUGAACUCCAGCUUGAUGCGCUACAGAUCUGCACCCAGCUCAUACUUUUCCAAUUUCAUUGAUGGAGAAGACUGUGAAGAGUUCCUACAGCACAGGCCUUCAAGUCCUGAAACUGAGAGAAUUUUCUCUAGGUUCAUGUCCAGUGGCGGGACAGAAGAUUCAUCUUCUCAUACUGUUAUGAAUAUGAGCCAGAAUUCUCAGGCAAUGGCGCCAGAAUCAGUGGUAGCUGUGAGCCAGCAGAAUCAGUUUAUGGCGUCGAUGAAGCACGGAGCGGAGGUUCUUCAGCAGCAGCAGCAGCAGAAUGGUUAUGCUUCUGGUUCGCAGAUGAUGUAUCAGACUUCAUCACCUAUGCCACAUCAUAAUUCAGCAGCUCCUGGUCCAGUGGAGAAUUCUUACAGUGCGGUUUCUUCAAUGGGGAUGGAUCAGUCGCAGCAGAUGAAGAUUGGUGGAGGCAACAAUUCGAAUCUUAUUCGACAUAGUAGCUCACCUGCAGGACUGUUCUCCCACCUAAAUGUUGAAAAUGGCUAUGCUAUAAUGAGAGGCACGGGAAAUUUCGGGUCUGGAAGUGGGACUAAUGGAGAACCAUCUUUUUCUUCUGCAAGCAGAUUGAAGGGUCAAAUAAACUUCUCGUCAGGGCCACCUUCUUCCUCAGGCCUAAUGACUCCCAUCUCUGAAAUGGGGAACAAAAGCAUGGGAACAGGUAGUCCAGACAAUGGAAGUUUUGGUGAAGGUCAUAGUAACAAUGGAGGUUUCAUCACAGGCUUCCCAAUAGGCUCUUGGGAUGAUUCUGCAAUCAUGUCUGAAAGUUUUAGUGGCUUAAAAAGAGUUAGAGAUGAUGAGGCAAAGACUUUUUCUGGUUUGAAUGCAUCUGAAGCUCAGAAGGGCGAGCCUGCAAACGGCCCUCCUGUUUUGGCUCAUCACUUGAGUUUGCCAACAAAGACUUCUGCAGAUUUGACGACCAUUGAAAAGUAUUUGCAGUUCCAAGAUUCUGUACCUUGUAAGAUUCGAGCCAAACGGGGAUGUGCCACUCAUCCACGAAGCAUCGCUGAGAGGGUGAGAAGAACCCGAAUCAGCGAAAGGAUGAGGAAACUACAAGAGCUUGUCCCUAACAUGGACAAGCAAACAAACACAUCAGACAUGUUAGAUUUGGCUGUUGACUAUAUUAAAGACCUUCAGAAACAGGUCAAGACCCUCUCAGAUAAUCGGGCAAAGUGUACGUGUUCAAACAAGCAGAAGCCAUAGGACAAAAGGCCUGGUGAGCAACAAAUGCUUCUGUACAGAACCACAAAGAUUUGGGAAAGGGGAAUGAAAGCAACACCCAAUUCAUCUUUUUCACUUUACCAUGUGGGUGUGAAAGAGAAACCGAAAGAAGGCUGCUAUAAAGUGUAAGAUUUUAGACCCUAUUGAUCCCACGAACAAAGCUAACUGUAUAGUAAAUUUCCCAGGUUGAAUGUAAACCAGUGAUUUUCUAGUUGAUGAGCCACAACCAACUUGGAGAAACCCUCAUAUUGUCUUUUUAGAGUCUGAAAGAGAGAUUGAAGGAGAUGGGUCUAUAUGUAGUUUAGCUAGCCUCCCUUGUAUACUUUUUCUAUAUUUUCAAGUAAAGAUGGAUGUGAUGAAUGGUUGUCCCAUUAAAGAGGGUGGGAAACAUGUGGGGGCUACCAUUUCUCCACAGGACUAAUCGGUAUGAUUGGUAUAUUGAAGAAGAUUGACUUGAGCAAA